AUGGUGCAGCUUCCAAGGUACGUAGCAUUCAAAUCUAAAUUAAAGAACGACUACAGAAAAAUCGGCUAUUUGCGCUAUGUGAACGAAGAUUCAGAAAUAAAAACAUAUUUGCAAUAUUCUGGGGAGGCUGUUCUAAGUCCAUACACAAAGUUUGAAGUAGAACGAUCCAAAUGUGACCUCUCAUUGGUCAACAUACGAUGUUGUUACAACAACAAAUAUUGGGUUAGUUUGUCUGAAACUAAUUAUACUCAUCCUACUGUUGCAAGGGCUGAAAAGCCUGAGGAAGACAAAUCGAAAUGGAAUUGCACACUAUUCCAACCUGUUUAUGAUAGCUCUCAUCAAGCAUUUCGAUUUCGCCAUGUUUUUACUGGUUAUUUUGUGGCCUUGUGGCAAGUUGGUUUUGCAGAAGGGAACUGUUUGCGUGCAAGUUUUCCAUACCCUGACGAUUGCAGUCUUGGCGAUCUUAACACAGUCAUUGAUUACGAAGCUUUGGUUUCAAUACCUAAAUAUGUUGCUUUUAAGGGUGAUAAUGACUGCUACCUCAGUUCUCGUUGGAUUGAAGGUCACGAAUAUCACCAAUUUUCUUCGAGUGAUCUUGGCGAUUCCAGGGUUCGGAUGGAAACCUUCAUCACAAAAGAUGGAAAUAUUCGAAUUAAGUCAAAUUACUUUGGAAAGUUUUGGAGGCGUAGUCCUAAUUGGAUUUGGGCUGAUUCCACUGACACCUCAACAAACAAUCCCGACACUUUGUUUUGCCCAACUAAAGUUGAUAACAAUAAUGUUAUUGCUCUUCGUAACUUAGGUAAUAACAACUUUAUCAAGAGGCUCACAACCGAAGGCAAGACAAGUUGUCUCAAUGCUGCUACGGAUUCAAUUGAUGCAUAUUCACGGUUACAGAUGGAGGAGCCUGUUCUUGAAAGAGAAAUCUAUAAUAUAAAUUUCCAUCCUGCCGAUUCAAGAAUCUAUGAUCAAACUGUACUUGUGAUGGCCACGGGGAAUGGUACCAACCGAACAGAAGUACCCAACACAAUGAACUUGAAUCUAUCGUAUAUUGAAACCGAAUCAAGCGCGUGGAGUUCUUCAAUCUCUAUUAAAUUGGGUGUUAAAACCACUAUUCAAACAGGAAUUCCUCGUAUUGUUGAUGGAAAGGUUGAAGUAUCGUCUGAGCUUACUGGAUCAUACCAAUGGGGAAAAACUAUAACAAAAACACAAACAGUUGGAAGCACAUAUCAAGUAACUGUGCCACCAAAGACUACUGUGAUUGUCAGUUUGUUGGCAACGACAGGUAAAUGUGAUGUGCCCUACUCGUAUAGUCAACGUGACACUCUCAUUAAUGGGGAAAUCAAAUAUUAUGAAAUGGAUGAUGGUGUUUACCACGGUGUCAAUAACUACAAUUUCACGUAUGAAACUAAAAGCAAACCAGCAAGUUAA